AUGGCGGUACAUGUAUUCCUCCAGGGGGACUUCCGAUUGCUGAGGCACAAUUGUUUGGGAAGUAUGUCUUGUGCUUUGUUUGGGGAGGUUACUGCAAUGGUGCGUUAUUGUUCAGGAGCAGCACCUACUACUUUGGGUCUUCAAGAUGCUUUGUUCCAUGGCAGAGAAGAUGUGGUGGCUGGCGCUUUUGUGGUGGCUCCAACUAUGGUGGGACGCCACUCAUUCACCAAAAAGCCUCUUUGCUACUUGGACAAGUUCCAGCUGCUUUAUGAACAAGUGGAGAAGAAGUGGGAUCCUGCUGAGUUGGAUAUGAACGGCCAUACUUGGAGUCAUAAUUUUUCUUUGAGUUUCUUUGGAACCGCCAUCCCUCCUGUACUACCUCCUGCAGGUCCAGAUCCUUUUUGA